AUGGAUGAAAUUGACACGAGCAUGGGAAAGUUUGUAGUGCAGCCUGCCUUUGGCCAAUCGCCGCGGUUCAGCCGAGCCAUCCUGGUCACAGACGGGAGCUUCGAGUGCAGGCAGGAGCCUCUCGUGAUCCAGACUGCGAACCGGAUUCUGUGCGCCAAGCAGGAUACCAUGACGAUCAGAGCAUUGAAGACGGUGUCUACCGGCCGUAAUGGCCUGGGCUCUUUCAUCCUCCAGUGCAAGAAGCUGGACUUUCACUACUGCGACUGGGCCGGCAGCUCCAAGGGAAUGAACGGCUUCAUCAAGUCUCAGCUUCCAAAGUUCGCCGCCGCAAACCCCCAAGUCGAGUUCACCGUAUCGCCCCGUCCGUCGAAACACCCCAUCAUUGUCGGCCACUACAUCAACGGCCGCGAGAAGGCCAUUUGCGUUCGGAAUAUGGAGCCAAUCGAGAUCUUGAAAAAGGCUGAGCUUCUGCGCGACGCCAACGGAGAGAAAUUGAAGAGGGUCAACAAGCCGGUCAACAGUAUCAACCCCAGUGUCAGAGGUGUCUGGAGUCCUUACCACGGAAAUGGCAUGGCUGUAUAA